ACUCUCGAAUCCGGUACUAUUAACUGCAAUGUUACAUCCAUUACAUCAGAUCAAUCCACUUCCCCCAUUCAACCGAAUGCAUCCUGCAUCGAUCAACCGCCAAUUCCCCAUCGAAAAAUGCACCGAAAACCAUCCACCAGCGACGCCCCCUUCUAUCUCCUGGUGAUUUUCGCGGCCGUUUCCUGCUAUUUGAACGGCCUGAAAGGGGCCUUCGUUCACGACGACAUCCCCGCUUUGGCCGUGAACAGGGACGUUUUAGCCGUGAACAGGCUCACGGCCGUGUUCUCAAACGAUUUCUGGGGAACCCCCAUGAGCGACGCCGACAGCCACAAGUCCUACAGGCCUCUUACUACGCUCACGUUCAGAUGGAACUAUCAAUUGUCCGGCUUGAAACCAAUAUGGUUUCACUCGACCAACGUUCUUCUGCACGCUUCGGCUUCCGUUUUGUUCACGAAACUUUGCGUAAACGUGGCCAAUCUCGAACGAUCGUUUUCGACUAUAGCAGGAUUAAUUUUCGCCAUCCACCCUGUACAUACCGAGGCGGUAACCGGCAUCGUUGGUAGAGCCGAUGUUUUGGCCUCCGUCUUUUUCCUGCUAUCGAUAUUGGUCUACCACGGCAAUUUAGGAGGAAAGUAUUUUCCUUUAGCGAGCAUAAUACUCUCGGGGUUCGGAAUGUUGGCUAAAGAAACCGGAAUAACAGUCAUCGUUUUGAAUCUUUUGCUGGACUUUUACUUCAACUGGCCGCACAUAAGAAGAUCAACCUGCAACAGAGAAACCAUUCUAUUCGUUCGACGCGCCAUUAAACUCCUCACUUCUUUUUGUAUAUUACUGACCGUUCGAUUGGCCAUACUGCAAGGAUCCCUGCCCAAAUUCUCCCAGCAGGACAAUCCAGCGGCCUUCCACCCCUCCGUUUGCGUAAGAUUCCUCACCUAUUGCUAUUUGGUGGCUUUCAAUUUUUGGUUGUUGUUGUGCCCUUGGACGCUCUCCCACGAUUGGCAAAUGGGCUCCAUACCUUUGGUUACCUCCAUCGGAGAUCCCAGGAAUCUACUUACCGCUUUCCUGUUCGGAAUCCUCUUGAUGUUGUUGGUUAAAAUCGCGAGUGAUGUUGAGAAUACAGCUCACACGCCUAUAGUUUUAGGUUUGUUAGUUUUAACAGUGCCUUUUUUGCCGGCUACUAAUUUGUUGGUUACCGUCGGUUUCGUGGUAGCCGAAAGGGUUUUGUACAUUCCCAGCAUGGGUUGUAUAAUGUUGGUGGUGUACGGAUUGCAAUUGUUGUGGUCGAAACGCGGGAAAAAUAGGCGAAUUUUAUUUCUACUGUUGCUCGUUGUAUUGGCAUCGCAAAGCUUAAGAACUGUUAUGAGAAAUAGGGAUUGGAAAUCGAGAGAGACUUUGUUGAGAUCAGGACUGAGGACUCUUCCCCACAACGCUAAAAUGCAUUACAAUUACGCCAAUUAUCUAAGGGACUACUCCCGACUGGACUCGGCGAUAGAGCAUUACGCCAAGGCUUUAGAGCUUUGGCCGAGCUACGCGAGCGCUCACAACAACAUCGGCACAUUAUUGAACAACAAAACCCUGGCCGAACAACAUUUUUUAGCCGCCGUAAAUUACUCGCCCGGCCACGUGAACGCCCAUUACAAUUUGGGACAAUUGUACCGGAAAAUCGGUAGGAUGGAGGAAUCGAAGAAUAUGCUGAAGAAAUGCAUUCUACUACAACCCGGCUUUACGCCUGCUUACGUGGAAAUGUCGCUGUUGCUCGGAUUCGAUCACGAUGCUCUCUACAACCUGCUCAAAAGAGCCGUUGAUUUGAAUACCAACGAUCCGUUUUAUGGGACGCAAUUGGGACGUUUUUUAACGAGGAAAAGUGACACUGUGAUGGCGCUCGUUUAUUAUUGGAAAGCUUUGAGGGUGUCGCCCGGACACCGGGAAGCCAUGUUGGGGGCGGCGAAUGCAUUGAGGAAAUCCGGUCAAAAAUCCCGUUUGCUUCAAUUGAUAACAAGAUGGCAAUUGAUUAAGAAAGGUUGUUGUAAACCGUUGUCGAAAAUUCAUAUCUACAUUCAGGAGUGGCAUCUUCGAAACGAGUUGAAAUUGAGGGCCAAGGAAUACGAUCAGAACGUAUUGGAUGCUGGAGGUUUCGAAAAAACGCAAAGUUGGAUAAAUCGGACCGAAGAAAAACCAGUGGUUGCGAAUCCAUCGGUGUCUCUUCAACAUUUACUGGACGUAUCGUAA